AUGGAGCAGAUCAGUCAGUGGCUCUGGAAGCAGGAAUACUGGCUUCCUCCGGGAAUUACAUGGGAGGACAUGGAAAAGAAGGAGGGAUGUUUAUGUCCUCUCCCUAGAGAUCUGCUCAUAUCUCUGCCUGUCACUGUGGGAUUCAUCAUGCUUCGUCACGCUUUCGAGAGAAUUGUAGCACUUCCUCUGAGUUGAGCUUUAGGAGUGAAAGAUCAAGUACGUCUGAAAGUGACUCCUGUGCCACAUUUAGAGGCUUUUUAUACUAAACACAGCAAACAGCCCACACAAAAUGACAUCGCUGCUCUAAUGAAGCAGAGCGACUGGACUCACAGACAGGUGGAGGUUUGGUUCCGUCACCGCAGGAAUCAGGAUCGGCCGAGCAGCAGUAAGUUCUGUGAGGCCUGUUGGAGAUUCAUGUUCUACCUGAUCGCUUUCACGGCUGGACUUGCAUCAUUAAUAAAUACGUCGUGGUUGUGGGAUCAGAGAGACUGUUGGAGGGGAUAUCCUCAACAGGUCCUGUGUUUGUGUUCUCUCCUCCUGCCAGUGCAGGACGGUCAUUACUGGUACUACAUGCUUGAACUGGGCUUCUACUGGUCUCUGCUGCUGUGUGUGUCUGUUGACAUGAAGAGAAAAGAUUUCAAAGAACAGAUUGUCCAUCACUUUGCCACCAUUUUCUUGCUUGGUUUCUCGUACUGCACCAAUUACAUUCGCGUGGGGACGCUGGUGAUGCUCGUGCACGACUCAUCUGAUUUUCUUCUUGAGUCUGCCAAGAUGUUCAACUACGCUGGCUGGAAGAAGACUUGUGAUUUGUUGUUUGUGAUUUUCGCUGCUAUUUUUCUGCUCUCACGUCUGGUUGUGUUUCCAAGCAAGAUCAUCUACACGACUCUGGUUCUGUCUAUGGACAUUUUCGAACCGUUUAUGGGAUAUUAUUUCUUUAACUCUCUGCUGAUGGUGCUGCAGCUCUUGCACAUUUAUUGGGAUUAUCUCAUCCUCAGAAUGAUCUACAAGUUUCUCUUCUUAGGGAAGCAGGACAAAGAUGAGCGCAGUGAUGUUGAGAGUGAACCAGACGAGGAAGUAGAGAAAGAAGAACGUCAGUCAUCCUGGAGGAAGAGGAAGGUUGUGAUGGAUUCGAGACUGGCAAUAUAACUUUUAAAUAACCUGACCAAUCAGAAAGCUGAUGCCAACAGAAGUCUGCCUGAAGCUAGAUAGCAACAUGUUAGCACGAACAGACUACAAUCUAAAAGAUUGUCAUCAUGUCAUCAACAUGUUUCCAAGGCUGAUUUGUUGCAUUUCUUAGAAGAUUGUUGCAUCAGAUUGCAUCGCAUCAAAACAACACAAACAACUGUACAUUUGCUGUAAUAUUGUAUACACACAAAUAACCAGGUAACGCAUAAAGUAUUUGUUUUGUUGUCUCAGAUGCACAUACAUGUCACAUGCUUUUUAAAAGAGCAGAAUUAAAUGGGAAUAAUAACAAUGCUACUGUAUGCAUUUUACUCAUAUUAAAACAGAUCGGCACUGUAAACCCAUAUCAUACACUAAUGUUCUGUGUGUCUCUGUGAAAUACAUUGUAUUUAUUGUGCAUGUAUGUAAUGAAAUCUUUCUUAAUCUGAGAGCCUUAGUAAGUCAAAUGAAGGAUUUGUUUUUGUAAAUAGAGAAACUUUUGGUUUCAAUAUAGCUGUCACUGUGUGUUUUUAAGUAUUCUG